AUGAUCCCAAGUAAUUUAGUUAUUUAAAAAUAUUAAAUUUAUUAGCCCAAAGUCAAUAAAUAUUUUCCUAUAUUUCAAUUUUUAGUUUAAUUCUAAAGAACAGUUUAAACGAAAAAAUUCCCAACAUUCUUUAUACAACAUGCAUUUUAAUAAAUAUAUUUUAAAUUUUAGUAGUUAUUUCCUAAUAUAUAGGAUUGUUUCAAUAUUAAAAGAAUUCUCAUUUUACCUUGGCAAUACUAUAAUUUAGGUUCUAUUUCUUUUAUUAUUGAUCCUUAUAAUUAAAAAGAAAAACUUUUAUAGAUUGAGAUAUCCUGUUAUUUCUCGAAGUCAAAGAAUAAUUUGAAUUAUACUAUGUAAGCAAAAAGCUUAAAAUGCUAACUUAAAGAAUUUUAUGUAAAUUCUGGAUGUUAAAUUUGCUCAUCAAGUGAAGGAUUUUAUUCUGUAGUAUAUGAUGCAACAAAGUGUUCAAUAUUUGAUAAUACAAAAUUUAAUUAAAUAACUGAAAAUAAUAUAGAAUUAUUAAAAGGUUUUGGAAACCUAAUUAUUUAUCUGAUUAAGUAGAAGAAUGCUUUAAAAAUACAUAUUGGAGCAUUAUGUGAAGAAUGUGAUAUUUAUAAUAUAAAAGGAGAGGAAAAAUAUUUUUAAAAUUAAAAGAUUCUAAGUGAAUUUCUUGUUUUGGUGUUGAAGACAGCAUAAUUCCAUUUAUGCAGCAUCAAUUUGGUAAUUUAAUUUAAUAUUUAGGUAAUUUAUUUCGAUCAUUAUAACCUUAAAGAGUAUAUAGUCAUCUAAUCAAUUAUUCAAAGGAUAAAAACUAUAAUAAAGGUUUAGCAAAAUUAUUUUUAAUCUUGACUAAAGUAUAGAUAUAAAUUAUUUUAAGGACAUGAAGGAUUCUUAAUAAAAAUGCUAUUAAAUUAUUUAUGGAUAUUCUCUGUUAUUUUUACAUUUAAAAAUAUAAAAUUCUCCUUUUCUAUUACUUUUUUUGAUGCAGCUAGUAACACUUACCACUCAAUGACUAAUAAUCUAGAUUAUCAGGAAAUCAAUCAAAAAAAUUAAUUUAUUCUAAAAUAAUUAGAAUGCUUGUACUCAUUAAAUUAUAAUUUAUACUUAUAAUAAUUGGAUUUCUUAUGUAUAAUUAGCAUAAUAAAAUUAGAUUGUGCAAUUUUAAGUUGGAAAUUAUUUCUAAUACUCUACUUUACCUUUAUAUUUUUAAUUAUGGUACAUUGAUUAAAAUGUUAUUCUAUUUUUAAUAUUUAGGUAUUUUUCCAUUCUCUCAAAAAGAAAUGUUUCAAGUUAGAGUUACAUACAGGGCGAUGUUUCUCUUCUUUUUGGAUCUAAGGAAUAUUUAAUUUGGAUUAUCUCUUUAGUUAUUCCAGAAAUUGGAAUUUUUAGUUUAAUCAUUCCUCUUUCCCUUUUUGUAAUCAUGUACAUUAAAAAAGAUCAAUAUGAUAACAUUAAAAUUAGAAAACAUUUUUGUUAUCUAAUCAAUGAAUACAAUGUUCAAAGUUAUUUUUGGGAAGAAAUAAAGUUAAUUAAAAAGACAAUUAUUAUUCUAAUACUAACAUAUUUUGAAACUUUUAUUUUGCUUAAAGCAUCAUUGUUAGGGUUAUGUUUACUUUUUUAUUAGAUAUAUGUUUUAAUAAGAAACCAUUUAUUCUUUCCAAUUUGAAUAAUAUGGAUUUAUCCUCAGCAUAAAUUGUCUCUAUUACAAUUUUUCUGGCAGCUGUUAAAUAUGAAACUAAGCAAGAAAAUAAUUAGUUUUCAUCAAUGUCGCUUUAGACUAUUAUUGUUCUUCUUUGUCUUAAACUUUGCUAUUCAUUUAUCAAGAGCAUAUUUGAAGUUUAUUCAAAAAAGUACUCUUUCUUAAUCUUAAUGUAUUUACAUUUAAUUUUGAAUAAGAUUUCUUCAAAUUCAAUUUUAACAAAAAAGUUUACUAAGAUUACGUUAAAGAAAUGA